UCCACCUUUCGGCACACAUUUCUGUUUUUCGUGAAUAUCUACAAGUUAUUACUGUAAAAUAGUGAUUAUUGACCGUCGACAGUCACUUUUAAGCAGUAUCCCGGCGUAUUUUUCCGCACCAUCCUACAAAUCUAGCUAUUUUUUUAACUUUGUGGAAGUUUUCAUUCAUCUUCACACCACAAUGCAGGCAGGUUUAUAAAACAAUGACCAUUUAUGGAAAAUCCUAACGAAGAUACUGAGUGGAAUGACAUCCUCCGAGCGAAAGGAAUCAUCCCGGAGAAGCCCAAGGAAAAGGAAAUUACCGAAGAUGAAAUCAUUGGAAUGAUAGAGAGCACUAUCGCAGAAAAGCAGAAUGGCAAAGACUUAUCGAAGCUGGAUCUCGAUGAGUUGGACGAACUGGAGGACUCUGAAGAUGAGGAAAUUUUGCAACAGUACCGUCAAAAACGCAUCGCGGAAAUGCAAGCCGCGGCAAGCAAGGCACGGUUCGGAGUGGUACGUGAAAUUUCUGGACAGGAUUACGUAGAGGAAGUGACAAAGGCCGGAGAAGGAAUCUACGUGGUAUUGCAUCUCUACAGUCGUGGAGUGCCUCUCUGCUCUUUGAUAAAUCAGCACCUGGCACAGCUAGCAGUCGCCUUUCCGAUGACCAAAUUUGUUCGAGCGAUUGCCACUACCUGCAUUGCUAACUAUCCGGAACGAAACGUGCCGACAAUAUUUGUCUACUUCGAAGGUCAGCUCAAAAAGCAAUUCAUUGGAGCGGUCGAGCUGGGUGGUACCAACUUGACAUGCGAUGAGCUUGAAUUUAUGCUCGGGCAAACGAAAGCUAUCGAGAGCAAUAUCAAAGAAGAUCCACGGGAAGCUAAGAAAAUUAAGGACAAACUUUUUGCCGAACUAUCUGACAAUAAUGAUUGGUAGGAGAAACUUGAAAGCAUUUUUUACGCGAUGAAAUAAAAUCAAGGCAUAUUUAUUGAA